AUAUGUAGUUUGGUGGUGGGUAUGCAGCGUGAAGUGAGAUUCUAGGAUAUGACUUUCCCAAGACGAGUCUCUUCAAGCUUCUCCCAUUUUCUUGGAUUUGCAAAGAGGUCCUUCAAUUCUUAUAAAUUACCCGGAGAUCCCUCUUCUUCUCCUUCUCUUGGCUAUGGCAUCCACGUCUUCCACUGCCCUGAUGCAGUUGGGAUAGUUGCAAAGCUAUCUGAAUGUAUUGCUUCAAGAGGGGGAAACAUACUUGGGGCUGAUGUGUUCGUCCCUCCCAAAAAGAAUGUUUUCUAUUCCAGAAGUGAGUUCGUUUUCGACCCUGUCAAAUGGCCUCGAAACCAAAUGGAUGAAGAUUUCCUCAAGCUUUCAAAGAUGUUCAGUGCUAUAAAAUCUGUUUUCAAGGUCCCUGCUCUAGACCCUAAGUUAAAAAUCGCCAUUCUUGCUUCGAAGCAGGACCAUUGCCUGGUAGAUUUGCUCUAUGGUUGGCAAGAAGGAAGACUACCGGUCGAUAUUACUUGCGUGAUAAGUAAUCAUCAUAGGGGUCCAAACACUCAUGUGAUGCGGUUUCUUGAAAGGGAUAAUAUUCCAUAUCAUUAUUUGCAAACAACUGAGGAGAAUAAAAGAGAAAGGGAAAUCUUGGAGUUGGUUCUAAAUACCGAUUUGCUGGUACUUGCCAGGUACAUGCAGGUUUUAUCUGGUCAAUUUUUGAGGACAUAUGGGAAGGACGUAAUUAACAUUCACCAUGGCCUUUUACCAUCAUUUAAAGGUUGGAAUCCUUCGAAACAGGCAUUUGAUGCUGGUGUGAAGUUAAUUGGUGCAACGAGCCACUUCGUAACCGAAGAACUCGAUUCGGGGCCUAUUAUCGAACAAAUGGUUGAAAGAGUUACUCAUAGAGACAAUUUGCAGAGUUUUGUGCAAAAAUCAGAGAACCUUGAGAAGCAAUGUCUUGCAAAGGCUUUGAGAUGGUACUGUGAUCUGCGAGUGUUACCAUUCGAGGACAACAGGACCGUUGUAUUCUAAGA